AUGGCGGCAAACGAUCCCACCACUGGUAAUAGUGGCACUGGUGAUCCCACCACUGGUAAUAGUGGCACUGGUGAUCCCACCACUGGUAAUAGUGGCACUGGUGAUCCCAACACUGGUAAUAGUGGCACUGGUGAUCCCACCACUGGUAAUAGUGGCACUGGUGAUCCCACCACUGGUAAUAGUGGCACUGGUGAUCCCACCACUGGUAAUAGUGGCACUGGUGAUCCCACCACUGGUAAUAGUGGCACUGGUGAUCCCACCACUGGUAAUAGUGGCACUGGUGAUCCCACCACUGGUAAUAGUGGCACUGGUGAUCCCACCACUGGUAAUAGUGGCACUGGUGAUCCCACCACUGGUAAUAGUGGCACUGGUGAUCCCACCACUGGUAAUAGUGGCACUGGUGAUCCCACCACUGGUAAUAGUGGCACUGGUGAUCCCACCACUGGUAAUAGUGGCACUGGUGAUCCCACCACUGGUAAUAGUGGCACUGGUGAUCCCACCACUGGUAAUAGUGGCACUGGUGAUCCCACCACUGGUCAGAAUAGAGACGUAAGACUUAAGUCUCUCAGACGUAGAGACGUAAGACUUAAGUCUCUCAGACGUAGAGACGUAAGACUUAAGUCUCUCAGACGUAGAGACGUAAGACUUAAGUCUCUCAGACGUAGAGACGUAAGACUUAAGUCUCUCAGACGUAGAGACGUAAGACUUAAGUCUCUCAGACGUAGAGACGUAAGACUUAAGUCUCUCAGACGUAGAGACGAAAGACUUAAGUCUCUCAGACGUAGAGACGUAAGACUUAAGUCUCUCAGACGUAGAGAC